CCAAAAUGGCGCUUUGAGUAGCGGUGUAUUUGAAAAACAAAGGAAAGAAACUGAUAUAAAAGUGUGAAUGGAGAUUGCGAAUUGAAUUAUAAGUAACGUAAGUGUAAAGCCAAAAGAAAGCAAGAUGGACGAAGACAGUGCUGUGACCUCCCACUACUUGUUUCGGGGUAUUGAGUACAUUGUCACAAUGCAGAUAAGCGGUGACACGGUUACGCUGGAGGUGGAGGAUAAACUUACUGCUGAUCAGUGGAGGGGUACAUUUGAUGCCAACUAUGUAGAAGAUUUGACACAUAAAACAGGAAACUUCAAACAGUUUGCAAUAUUUGUGAACAUGAUUGAAACAGCACUUUCAAAGUCCAGUGAUGCUGUAUCAUUAGACCUCCUGACAUACUCGGACCUGGAAUCACUUCGAAGUCGAAAAGCGGGUGUUGGCACCAAGGCCAUCCCUGGUGCCAAGGCUCAUAUGAUGAACACAAGUAAACGCUACCUUAUUUUGACGUACACUGUGGAGUUUGAUAAGAUCCAUUACCCUCUGCCACUUCCAUAUCAGGGAAAACCUGAUCCCAGAGCCUUACAAGAAACGAUUAGACAGCUUAGAACGGAGUUGAAGUUUUGCAAACAAAAGGGUUCAUCUGAUUACAGAUUGCGGGAGUUGGAGAAACUGAAGAGAGAUCAUGAUCUCCUGUUGAAAGAAAAAGACGCUCUGGAGGAGGAAUACCUCCGCUUUCGUCGUGAAAUGAAACUGACAACCAAAGGUACUGCGGCCAAAGAGGUGAAGAUCUUGAAGACAAUGGUGAAAAACCUUGAAGAGGAGCUUUUGAAGGAAAGAACGAAAAAUCAAAAGAUGUCUUCGAAGAGGAAUGCAGAAUAUAGGCAGCUGAGUGAAGAGUAUGAAGAAAUUCGAGCCGCUGAGAGAAAUCUACGCAUCCGGGUGAAAAGCUUGACCAAUGAACUGGCAGUUUACAAAAGACGACCUGUGAAGUCUCCUGCGUCCAGCCAAGCCUCUACAAGGAAAGAAGUGGAGAGACGCCGAGCUGCAUCCAGAGAGCGGUCAUUUUCACGCGAGCGGUCUUACGCCCGUGACAGAGAGAGGUCGUCCAGUGCUGAGAGGUCGUUCGUCCGUCGACAAGCUUACAGUGCCCAAUUGGACCGGCGGCGCCCACGCAGUGCCUCAGCUGACAGGCGUCAAGAGCGGAGUGCGUCCAUUGAGCGAAGUCGAAGGGAGCGCAGUUUGUCGCAAGACAGGAAUGUGAAUCGAAGGAGAUCGCCGUCUGCGUCACCUUCAGGUGCUAGGUUACCACGCUUUGAUCCGACCGCUUAUGUGAAGGAGAAGGCAAGACGAAAGAGGGAAACGGACAUGAGUAGCCAAAGACAAGCAAGGUCCAGAAGAUCGGGAAGCUCUGAAAGGCAACCCAUGUCAUCGCCAGGCUACGUCAACAGCAUUUCUAGGACAUUCGAUGGCGGGUACAAAAAGUUCAGAUUCAGGACUAAUUCAGUUGGUAGCCAAGGUUCACAGAGUGAUGCAGAUGUUGCCUCAGACUCUUCAACAAGCAGGGUCAGGAAACUUAAGAAGGUACUAAGGCCUGGGAGGGCGUCGUCGUCAUCAUUCUGGGACAGCCCCAAUGUGCCAUACCAUAAAAACGUAAAGAAAUCUGGAGGGAAACACAAGAUUGUUUCGAGCACUCCCACUAAUGGUAUCUUAUCAAAUAAAAAGAAAGGAUCGACCUCAAAAGAAAAUCGACCUCCAAUGGGUCAAGACAAAGACGCAUUCAACCGCUCAGCAGAGAUCACAGAAAUCGAUGCAAGGUUGAAUCGGCUUCAGCAGUACAUGCAGAGUAACAUGCCUCUCAACUGAAGCGUAAAGCCACUUGAAAACAAGCAAUUUUAAUUGCUGCUACCUCGCAUGGGACGAUAAUUGCUAGUUUGCCACGGUCAUCGCAGGUCUAUAGCCAGUCUCACAGUUUGAAAAAUGCAAAGUUUGGGAGGUGAAACUGAUGACCCCGCCCCAGAUGAAAUUUUUUUUAGGUUUCUACCUAUUUUUAAGAUGCUGCCUAAUAAAUGUUACUUCAAUGAUAAUGUAAUUGUCAGUGAUACUGUAAUAGUUUUAAUGACCUGUUUUGUAAAUUCGAAGUGUGCAACUAUGAAUAUUUUGACAAAUUUUUAACGAGUAUACAUUUUUUCGACAGGACACCUUCAUUCAGCUUCUAAAACAUUCCAUUAUUAUGCAGAGUAAAAAUGUUAUGCAUGAGUCCUCAUUAAUGUAAAAGGAUUUUGUUUACUUUCAACCACUGGUGAACAGAGGUCAAGGUGAGGAAAUGUCCCCUGAUUUGGUACUUGUGAAGCCAAAUCGGGAAAAAAUAAAAAUUUGAUGUACUGGUAGGCCUACUGGUAUGUGAUCUGGGCUUUUCUCACUUCAGAAAAUAUAUACUCUGUUCAUCAAUGGUUAAAUGUUGAAUGUGAUCAAAAUGUACAUGACACAUAGUAGUAGUGUAGUUACUGCCCUGGUGGCAUAGAUGAUUUUAAGCUUUCUUAUUGGUUGAGAGAUUGUAAAUAUGAUACAGCUGGACUGAUGUAUGCUUUCUGGUGUGCCUUGUUGUCGAGAUAAUAAUGUAUAGUUAGGUUUA